AUGGCUAUUUCUUACACAAACUAUGUUAAUAUAAUUGGAUUUAGAGUUGUAGUGAAAGAAGAUAUUAACGCAUGUCCUUCACAACUGGUUUAUGGCGUUGGCUUACGUUUACCCGGGGAAUUCAUUUCAGAAGUUAAUCGCGACGUCUCAAACCCUCAGGCAGAAUUUGUAGCUAAACUAAAAAGAUUUAUGAACGACUUAAGACCUACUCAAACUGCUCAUCAUUCCAGUGGAAAGGUUUUUAUUGAAAAAGAUCUUUAUUCCUCGGAUCAGGUUUUCGUCAGAAAUUCCAUGAUUUGUAAACCAUUGCAGGCUCCAUACGAAGGUCCAUUCACUGUUCUUAAGCGUUUCGAUAAAUAUUUUGUCGUGGAUGUUAAGGGAAGGAAAGUGAAUAUCUCGGUGGAUCGCCUCAAAGCAGCCUUCAGUGAACAAUAUUUUAAGGAACAAGAAGUUAAGCCUUUAGUCACUGACAAGAACGAUCAUAAGACAUACACUUCGCGUUAUGGUCGCAAAGCUGAAAAUAUUAAGGGUGAAGCUUUGAGCCUAAGGGUAGAUAAUGCUGCACGUCUUAAGUUUGAAGAUAAAGUGACAUUAGGUGAAGUAUUAGAGAAUAGCAGUUCAGAGAAUAACGGUGUAAGGAAUAGCAGCGGUUCAAAGAAUAGCAAUCCAGAGAACAGCGGUCCAAAAAACAAUGGUCUGCAAAAUAGCGUUCCUGAGAACAGCAAUCUAGAGAACAGUAGUUCAAAGAACAGCGAUCCAAAGAACAGCACGACAGAGAAUAGCGGUCCAAAAAACAAUGGUCUGCCGGAUAGUGGUCUAGAGAACAGCAAUCUAAAGAACAGUAGUUCAGAGAACUGCGAUCCAAAGAACAGCACCACAGAGAACAGCGGUUUGGAGCACAAUGGUUCACAGAACAGUAGUUCAGAGAACAGCGGUUCAGAGAACAGCAGUUUAGAAAACACCGGUUCAGAGAACAGCGGUUUAGAGAACAGCGGUUCAGAGAACACCGCUUCAGAGAACAAUGGAUUUAGAGUUGUAGUGAAAGAAGAUAUUAACGCAUGUCCUUCACAACUGGUUUAUGGCGUUGGCUUACGUUUACCCGGGGAAUUCAUUUCAGAAGUUAAUCGCGACGUCUCAAACCCUCAGGCAGAAUUUGUAGCUAAACUAAAAAGAUUUAUGAACGACUUAAGACCUACUCAAACUGCUCAUCAUUCUAGUGGAAAGGUUUUUAUUGAAAAAGAUCUUUAUUCCUCGGAUCAGGUUUUCGUCAGAAAUUCCAUGAUUUGUAAACCAUUGCAGGCUCCAUACGAAGGUCCAUUCACUGUUCUUAAGCGUUUCGAUAAAUAUUUUGUCGUGGAUGUUAAGGGAAGGAAAGUGAAUAUCUCGGUGGAUCGCCUCAAAGCAGCCUUCAGUGAACAAUAUUUUAAGGAACAAGAAGUUAAGCCUUUAGUCACUGACAAGAACGAUCAUAAGACAUACACUUCGCGUUAUGGUCGCAAAGCUGAAAAUAUUAAGGGUGAAGCUUUGAGCCUAAGGGUAGAUAAUGCUGCACGUCUUAAGUUUGAAGAUAAAGUGACAUUAGGUGAAGUAUUAGAGAAUAGCAGUUCAGAGAAUAACGGUGUAAGGAAUAGCAGCGGUUCAAAGAAUAGUAAUUCAGAGAACAGCGGUCGAAAAAACAAUGGUCUGCAAAAUAGCGUUCCAGAGAACAGCAAUCUAGAGAACAGUAGUUCAAAGAACAGCGAUCCAAAGAACAGCACGACAGAGAAUAGCGGUCCAAAAAACAAUGGUCUGCCGGAUAGUGGUCUAGAGAACAGCAAUUCAGAGAACAGCAAUCUAAAGAACAGUAGUUUAGAGAAAUGCGAUCCAAAGAACAGCACGACAGAGAACAGCGGUUUAGAUAACAGCGGUUUGGACCACAAUGGUUCACAGAACAUUAGUUCAGAGAACAGCGGUUCAGAGAACAGCAGUUUAGAAAAGGCCGGUUCAGAGAACAGCGGUUUAAAGAACAGCGCUUCAGAGAACACCGCUUCAGAGAACAAUGGUUAA